CGAUCUAAUAUUAUUUCCUAACGCACAUUUCUUACGAAACUAUUAUUAGUAUUCUUCUGUUAAAGUUGUAACAUUUCCGUCAGGAUGUAAAAAAAAAAGGUAGUCGCAUAACCAGGUUGCUAUAGAAUCGUGUCACGAUCAGGCGCAUCGCUGUUCUUAUUAAUUUGAAUCUUCACGUAGACAAUUUUCACUUAGCCAUAGAUUGUCUAUCCGAACGAUCUCGAAGACGAUAACUUCCCAUCACGUGAAGUACUACCACGAUCAUUCUAAUAUUUGAAUGGACGAAUAAUCCUUUUCGUUCUCUUAUGCACAUAGUCAUGUUAGUUAGGCAUACGAAAGAAAAGCGGUCACGACCAAUAUUUGGCCAUCACCCAGGAUAGGAAACAGCGAAAGUUCAUUGACGACGACGACGAUACUUCUUCCUAGUGUGAUGUGUCACCAGUGGAUGCCCUAUAAAUACUUAUGGGGGUCAUCGAUAGCGAGCAGUUUUUCUUCGGCAUCGUAGUUGUCAGCUUAGACUUAGGGAGUCUUCCAAGGAACAAUUAUGAAGAUUAUUUUGAUUCUUCCAUUACUCCUGGUAGUCAGUACUGCAAUUACUGUCGAAAAACAUGAAAAGAUUAAGGAUAAAUUAUUAAAGAAACAUGAUAAAAGAGGACUUGUAAAUUUAGAAUAUGGUUUACCUGAGCCUGCAUAUCAUCCUCCUGAACCAGCAUCUAUCUUUGAACCUUCUGCUCCCGAUCUAGGUGGACAUUUGGAAUCUGUAAUACCACCAGUUGCUCCUCCACCGGCUGUAUUGCAUCCAGCUCCUGCAGUUCCAGUUCCUGCAGUACCGGUGCCACAGCCCGUUCCACAUCCGGUUCCAGUCGCGGUGCCUCAGCCAGUUCCGCAUCCGGUUCCAGUCGCGGUGCCUCAGCCAGUUCCGCAUCCGGUUCCAGUCGCGGUUCCUGUGACCAAACACGUGCCAAUUCCCGUACCCAUCGAUCGAGCGGUUCCAGUUCCAGUGGAUCGUCCUGUCCCCGUACCAGUCGCGGUUCCGGUCCCGAAACCGUAUCCGGUCCACGUGGAGAAGAUAGUGCACGUCGACAGACCCGUGCCAGUGCCAUUCGAAAAGCCAGUCCACGUGCCGGUGGAUCGACCAGUGGCUGUUCCUGUCCCAGUGCCAAAACCGUAUCCGGUUCCCUUCGAAAAGAUAGUUCACGUGGAUAGGCCUUAUCCGGUCCAUGUAGCGGUACCUUAUCACGUUCCCAAACCUUAUCCAGUACCAGUUGCUAUUCAUGCUCACAAGUCGCAUGGAUGGCUCAAAUAAGAUUUCAUUGGAAUGUUCUUGUUAGAUGUUGAUAGUAGAACUACUAACGGUUGAUAUUAACAAUCUUGUGUAGAAUUUGAUAUUUUAUUUCAUUAAAUUCUUUUAUUCGAUACUUGUUUAUUACUCGACUUGCUUUUGAAUGUUAUAAUUGAAACUUGUUUAUUCAAAUUGUGUUUUUGAGGCAAAGUCGGAUAAUUAAGUUUUAAAGAAAACUUAUAAUAUGCAAAUCUAUAUAGUAUAUAGAAUAUUUGUGAAUAUUUAAAAAUUGGAGUAAUUUUGAAAAAAAAUUACAAACCAAUUAUUUUGACUGCGUUAGUAGUUCUUACAUAGAGAAACACUAUACCAAGAAUAUAAUAGAUUCAAAAGAAUUAAAAGUACUAAUCUAGAGUACUACUUUUGUCAUCAUUUCAAUCACUAUUUCAAUAUUCAGUUGAUUGUUUUUUUUUUGAUUCUUUUGAUACUAGUCCGCUUUAAUAAUACGUAUUUUUACUAGUCGAUUGUUAAUUACAUACUUAGGUAUUUUUAACAAGUAAAAUGAUGUAUUGCAUAGAUAGUGUAAAUAUUGCAUGAAUGGACAUUGCCAAAAUUUUUUUCUAUUAACAAAUUUUUAAUGCAUUUUGAAAUUGUAAAAAGAAAAGUUAAUAAAAUUGUUCUUUAAAAAAUAUUUUAACUGAUAUUAUUGAUAUUUAUUUUACUUUAAUAUUUAUUCAUCGUAAUCCUUUAUUAACAUCAUUUUUUGCUUUAUCAUUACUUUAAAGUGACUAUUAUAAUAUUUAAAAAUAUCACGUAUCAUUUAAUUCAAUUUCCUUAACCAUGUCGUAUAAGUGCAACUAAUAAUGUAAAAGUUUUCGAUUCGAGCGUGUUUUAUAAAGAGAUAUCUAUAGAAUGCUCAUAUUUAAUACAUUCUUCUACACUUUUGCGCUCGAUAGGCGUUACACUUGACACCAAAGAAUAACGUAGUAUUAUAAAAAAAACAAGACUAAAACUUAAAGCCGUCACACAAGAAUUGUGCUUUUGUCAUUUGAAUCUACGAUAGAAAAUAAUUAAAUUAAAAGAAGAAAUUAUGAUAAUCAUCAAACUAUUGAAUAUAAUUUUAGAGGUUUAUGUAUCAAAGAAAAUUUUAAUUUCCGGAAAAAUUGAUUUAUAAGUUUAAAAAAUUUUAUAUAAAAUUUAUCAAAAAUCGAUCAGUUCACAAAUGUAAUUCAUAUUACACGUUUCUUCACUUCUUGAAAAAUGAUUUUGCACGAAUGAUUUGUCGAAUCAGCCAUCUCAAUGUAAUAUUACAAAUUAGAGCUUAACCAACUUUUUAUUAUUUUCUAAAUAAAUCAGAACAAAAAAUAUUUCGAAAAAAAGAUAGUCUAAAAUUUAUACUAGAAAGUUUCGAAAUAAUUCGCACACAGAUAGCGCAAAAAUUCGCGAUACGUGGUGACGCAGGAGUGGACGCGUGACUGGCGUCCUCAUCGAGCUUCAUCGAGGCACGAAACUGUCAGUUCUUUCACGCGAACACUCGAAGAUUGACGAUACAGGAUCUAGUAAGCCUAUUCGUUCUCCUCUCGAUUCACCA